GAGAGAACAGAUGGAGAAGUAAAGAAUAGAGGAAAACCAGAGUUGCGCUAUCAGAAACAAACAGACGUCUGCUCACACAUACAGAAACAUUACCAGACUGCUACAGAGAUGAGCAUGUUUUCACUUUGCUUCAAGUCUGGAAUAUGAGAACUUCCAGUCUGGUGGAGAAGGAAUGUCUGUAAAGUUGAAAUUUGAUUGUCAAGGAGAAGGUGCCAUGGUGCAGAGAAGUCAGUCUUUUACUGGAGUCAACACACUCACUGGCCGACGUCGUCUAUCGUCAGCCUGCAGUUCUCUGCGCAGCAAAGGCCUUGCUGGAAAAUCUCCCAGAAUGUCCUCAUCAGCUCGAAUGGUUGGCAGUAUUUGGGGAAAACACCCUGAGCAGGUCGACAGGAUCUUCCAAGCCUUACGGAAAGGGCUUAAGGAGUAUCUUGAGAACCGCCAGGCAGAACUUGACUUCCUUACAUCCCAGCAGAGAAACACUAAAAGGAACUCCAGACUGGCAUUUUUUUAUGACUUGGAGAAGGAAAUACGAACCAGUGAAAGGUACAUAAGGCGAUUGCAGUUUCAACUUAGUAAGAUUGAGGAGUUGUAUGAAAUGUAUUGUAUCCAGUGGCGACUAUGUCAAGGAGCAUUAAACAUGAAGCAUGCAUUUUCCCUUUCUCCAUCCUCACGGGCUUCUCGAGAAAGUCUGCUAGAGCUUAACCGCAACCACAGACACAGUCUAGAGGAUAUGUGUGCAACAGAGGCAGAACUGGAGCUUCUCCUGGGAGAACUACAAAUUAAAAUGAAAGGCUUGAUAGGCUUUGCUCGCCUGUGCCCAGGUGAUCAGUAUGAGGUGUUAAUCCGGUUGGGCAGUCAACGAUGGAAGAUCAGGGGGCGGAUCCAGACUGAUGACAGACAGAUAUGGGAUGAGGUGGACAUGGUCUUUCUCCCUCGUAUUCAUGAGAACUUUGAAAUCAAGGUUACAGAAAUAAAAAGCCUGAGCUCCAUGCUUGUUGGAAUGGUGACAUGUAAGAGUGCAGAAUUCUUUAUGGCACGUCCACAAACAAUGGUUGUUGACAUUACAGAACUGGGAACUAUCAAACUACAGAUGGAAGUGAUCUGGAAUCCUUUUGACAGUGGCCUGGUAAAGCCUGUAAUGUCAUCUGCCAGUCGACAGUCUAUGCACAGCAGGACAGGAUCAGUGAACAGCUGGAGUCCUCAAAACACUGCCAGCUUCACAGAAAAAUACUUUUUAUCUAAGAUGCGUCAUUUUCAAGACAUGGAUAGCACUUUCUCUAUUGGAUCCUGUGAAUCCAGGGGUGUGUCUAUACUCAGCUAUCUUUCUGACUCUGCUCAGACACUCUCUCCACUAGCCAAUGACAAUCCUUUAUCAACUGUUUCUGAUCCCUCCAUGGACUUUCAGCCAGUGGAUGACAUUUUAAGGACACCACUGGGAGAGGAGGAUGAAAGUGGAGAGUGGCCUUCAGGUUCUGAGACAGGAUUUCCUAGUCCACGGGGAAACAAGGACGACUCCAUAUUUCAUUAUCAGCAUUUCAGCACACCUGAUAUUCUUCGAAGAAACUGCAAAGUCAACGCCAAGCAGGAAGUGGAAGCAAAGGGGAUGACGACCAUAGAUGAGACUAGGGUAGAGAAGGUCCAAGUUAAACAGCCGAUGAUUCUGAAAGCUGGUGUAGGGAACUUUCAAAAAAGAGCAGCAGCUAUAAAAGCUACACUGGCACAAGCACAGGUGGAUGCUGCCCUGGAGGAGAUGAACUGUGCCAAGGCAGAGUUAAAGGAUCUAGAACUACAAAUGCUGCGGCUUAAUCAAGUUUUGAAGAGGGAUAUAUUUCUUCCCCAGAAGUCUUCUGAUGAGACUCUAAAUGUAGAAGAAGAGAAAGUGUUAGGAAGUUUUGACUUUCUGUCCACUUUCUUUAAUAUAGAAGACAACAUCUCCUGCACUGGUAGCGUUAGGCUCAGGGACAGCAUGUCAUGUUUGUACAACGAAGAUGUUGUGAAAAGCCCAGAGGUAAUGACUAAGAAUACUGCGCUGACCUUAGAGAAUCAACAACCAGGGCACAGGGCAAAUAGCACAGAAAUGGAAAAAAACGGUCCACUCAGCACUGGAGAUUACACUCUGGAUCAAGCCCUGGAGAUCCACCUCAAUAUCUGCACUGCACUACUGAGGGCAUUGAGGCUGUCUGAUCUUGAACAUGUGCAACAGGAAAUCCUGAAAGAGCUGUCACGUCAAACUAAGGUGCUUGAAAAAAUCAGCAGCUUGACAGAGAAAGGGACUGAUUACAUCUCAGUCUCAGAAUUGUUAACCAGGGUCCCAAAGCUGAGGAAUGUUCAGAUGUUGUGGGAAGAAUUCUGUGAAAAUGGAUUUGCUUUCUGUUGCGUGGCUGAUUCAUUUUUAAGGGCAUUACGCAAGCGCUUUAUUCACAAAGUAGAAGCCAAGUUGCCAGGCCAAGCUGAUACAGUCUUUACUCAACUGUUGCAGCAGAUCCAGUCCAGCUGCAUGAUGGUGCCACUGGGGGUUGGCACUACUGAUCAAGUAACUGUAUUUCAGUUAGAUGUCUACCUCAGCCGCUGGAAGCUGAGCGACUUUGGAAAGCACAUUUCUCACCUCUCUAAAGAAGUGUACUUGGUAUCAUGUCUUCAAAGUCCAAAGAGGAUGCGAACACUUAAGAAGCUAAAGGGCCAAAAGAUCUCUAAACUGCAGCCAAUGAGAAAAACUCUUCAUCUCCUGGCCAAGUUACUGACAGAUUCAAAUCACAAAGUUUCUGCAUCAGCCACCUCGUGUCUGUGUAGAGCCUCAGGCUUUAAGUCUUUCAGGUCAAAGGCCCUGAUUUACUAUGCAUGGCUGCUAAAAGAUAAUGACACUCAGGUCCAGCAGCAGGCUUGCUUGGCACUAAAAUGCUUAAAGGCCAUAGAGAGUGCAGAACAGGUGGCUGAGUUAUGGCGCUCCACAGAUGAAGCUUUGAGAAAUGCAGCUAAAGAGACAGUGCUUUCAUUUGGUAAAAACGGCCAUGCAGCCUUCCAGCGUAUGGAGCAGAUCUGCACUCAGCUACAGGAAGAGAUUUAUAAAAACCUAGACACAGAAAUCACGAUCCUCUAGUGACCACAGUAACUCACUCAACUCCUAUACUCUUUUAUUUCUUUACUACACAUUUAUUGCUUUAAAUGUAAA